AUCUGAAAGAUUCAUUUUUGUUUCUUUGUUUGUCUGCGUUGCUCGUUUUAUAAAACUGGUUCUGCCUUGAAGGGCCGAGAAAGAGGCUUAUCGGUCUUGUUUGCAAUGGCACCCAGUUUCGAUUGUGUCUCGGCACUUCUCUGCGCAGAAGACGACAGCAUUUUCGACGAUGGCGAUUAUGGAGCUACGAUGGAGCCGUUGGACGUUACACGCGGACCCCGUAACCAUAACCUGUGCUUUCAUGAUCGACACGAUGGGUUGCCAUUGCAGAGUGACGAGUGUUUAGCGCAAAUGGUGCAAAAGGAAUGCGACCACUUGCCUGCAGGAGAUUACCUGAAUAGGCUACGAACUGCGGAUUUGGACUUUGGGGCCAGAAAGGAGGCCGUUGAUUGGAUUGAAAAGGUUCGAGAGCACUUCGGUUUCAGCCCCCUCUGUACAUAUCUAUCCAUAAACUAUCUGGACCGUUUCCUUUCAUCAUACGAAUUACCAAAGGGAAAAGGCUGGACAAUGCAAUUGUUGGCCGUGGCAUGCCUGUCUCUCGCUGCCAAAAUGGAAGAGGCUGAAGUUCCCCUGUCUGUUGAUUUGCAGGUGGGAGGAUCAAAGUUCGUAUUUGAAGCAAGAACAAUACAAAGAAUGGAACUUUUGGUACUGAGCACACUGAGGUGGAGAAUGCAGGCCAUCACUCCGUUUUCCUUCAUAGACUAUUUUCUAUUCAAGCUGAAUGAUGAUCAGAAACCAGAAGGAAGUUCCAUAUCGCGAUCCAUCCAAAUCAUAUCGAGCACAGCGAGAGGGGUUGACUUAUUGGAAUUCAGGCCCUCGGAAGUUGCAGCGGCAGUGGCAAUAUGUGUUGUAAGGGAAACCCAAACGGUGAAUACGGAGAAAGCAAUUUCGGUGCUGAGUCAACAUGUUGAAAAGGAGAGAGUGGUGGAGUGCUUGAAGAUAAUAAAGGAGAUGGCAUCAAACGGAAGAGAAGACUGCGUGGCGCAGAGCCCAAUUGGGGUGUGGGAGGCGGCCGCAUUAUGCUGGAGCCAUAAAAGCGAAGGAUCAAGUUCAUGUGGGAGUUCGUCUUCGUCACGUGAUGGCCCCGAUCCUAAAAGGAUCAAGUUAAACAAUACAAGUAACAGUGGAGUAGAGCUGUUGUAGUGAAUUUGGAGGCACGCUGCUUUACUCAGAAU